AUGGAAGUCCUUCAGAGGCCCCCCUCAGCCAGCUCCUUCACACCCCUCGCAGAACAUCAAUCACGCACCCCCCAAUCCUUCUAUGGUGGCCCGCCAGUACUGCAUUACCACAGCUCACGAUGCAAAGUUGUCAUUCUGGAGAGCGAUCUCAGCGCUUCACCAGCGUUGAAUACUCUCCGUGGGGGAGCAGCUGUCGUCAAUGGAUCGUCGGGAGCUGCCCAUGAGUCGCAAGAAAGAAAAGACAUUGUAAUUGAUGGAGUUGAUGUAUUUGUGACAUCUGACAAAUUCCUCCUAUACCGGCCCGAAGCGAAUUCUGGCAUCGCCUUACCCUAUCCAGUCAUCUCGCUCCACGCAAUCCAACGACUCCGUCUACCAGACACACCCGAAGACGAAGCGGAGGUGCAAGGACUCUACAUGCAAAUUGCCAACCCAACGCCUGCCGACGGAAUGGGCGCCGAAGAAGAUGAAGAAGAAGACAGCAUCACGCUGACUCUUGUCCCUACAUCCGUGACCGAGUCCGCUACCUCUGCCCUCGGCUCAUAUUCAGCGGGUACCGAAACGGCUGCUCUCAUAGCUGAGGAAAUGGCAGCUGAGCAAGGAAACACAGAAAUCAAACCGGAAGAGACUGCAACACAGGCCCUAUACGCAGCCGUAUCCGCCUGCUCAAACUUACACCCAGACCCUGUCGUGCCUGGCGAAGAAGGUGACGAAGACUAUGAUGGCAACUACGAAGACUCGACUGAACAGCCGGGAUUUGGGGGAACAUUGCAAGCUGCUGGGUUGGUCAUACCGGGUGCUUCUGAUGGUGGACUACCGCCUCCGGUCGAUGGUAGUUCGGGUUGGAUCACUGCCGAAAACAUGCAUGAGUAUUUUGACGAGGAGGGUAAUUGGAUAGCUGAUUCGGAGCCUCCUACCCUACCAGGCUUGGGCCCGGGAGCUGGUAAUGUGCAUACUCGAAAUGAUGACGAUCAAGUCGAUAAUGGUAACGGAGAAGAGAAUGGGGACGAAGAGACGAAAUGGCGAAGGACUGACUGA